UUUGCCCUCUCAAAUCUAACUUUUCAAUUUCCCCAAUUCUUGUAGAACCCUAUGUUUCGACUUGGUAACAAUGUCACAAAAAGGCAUCUCCUUUCCAUAAAUCACAUCAAAUUUCAACUCUUUUACUCCACAGUUCCAGCAAAUGUUACUAGCAACAAUUUAUUAGUGGAUUUGCUAGUUAACUCAGUUGGAUUCUCAAGAAAAAAGGCUAUUUCUACAAGUAGUAAGGUAACUUUCUUGAAACCUGGAAACAAUAAGCCUACAUUAGUUCUUGAUUUCUUCAAACAAUUUGGUUUACACAAACCCCAGAUUAAAUCACUUGUAUUUGCACAUCCUGGAUUGUUAUUUACUAGUGUUGACAAAACCCUUAAACCCAAAAUUAAGGUUCUUCAAGAACUUGGCUUGUCUGGGUCAGAAUUAGCUAGUGUCAUUACAAUAAGUAGUGCUUUGUGUCAUUCAAGUCUUGCUACUUGCAUUAGAAAUCUUGAUUAUCUACGAGAAGUAUUGGGUAGUGAUGAUGAUUCAGUAGCUAUGGUUAUAAAAAGAUUACCCUGGUUACUUACUCAGAAUCUCCCAAAAGUAAUGCCGCCCAAUUUGUUGUUGUUAGAGAAAGUUGGGUUUUCAAGUAUGGAUAUUAAGAAGUUUUUUCUUACUCGUCCGUUGGGUAUGAUUAAAAAGCCCGAGUGGCUUGAGGGCGUAGUGUGUCGAGUAGAAAAGGAUUUCUGCAUUCCUAGAGGGUCGCCUAUGUUUAAACAUGGAGUUGAAGCUAUUGUAAGUUAUGCUGAGUCUACAUUAAAAGUGAAAGUAGAGAUUUUCAAGAGCUUUGGAUGGUCAGAUACGGAUAUACUCACAAUGGUGCAAAAGCUUCCUUAUUGUUUGAAUGCAUUUGAGGCUAAGCUUAGAAAUGGAUUGAAGUUUUUCAUGAAUGAACUGGGAUAUGACUCUAGUUAUAUUGCCAGUCACCCUUAGUUAUUGAUGCUCAGUUUGGAGAAAAGGGUCUUGCCAAGGAAUGAAAUCUUCAAACUUAUCAAAGAGAAACAACUUAUAAGGACGAAGCUAUGUUUUUACACUGUUGUGUCGUAUUCAGAAUCAAAGUUUUUGGAGAACUAUGUGUUGCCUUUCAUGAAUGAGGUGCCUGAGUUGUAUGAUUUAUAUAUCAAGAGUAAGAGCUAAGAGAAAAUUCUUUUUGGUUGAGAUGUUGGCAGCAGACCAUUGUUUGUUUUUGAGGUUUAUUCACUUUUUGGGAUGAUAUUGUUUUUUCCUCUUCAAGCUCCAAUCAAGGAUACUGCUACUAGUUUAGAUUUCAUUGUUGAUGAGCCAUUUCUCAUCAGUGCAAACUGAAAAUUCAAGGCACUCUCAUUUUCAAGUCAUAUAAUGCCUUUUGGUUGAUGGAGAAGAGAAGUAGAAGAAAAUUUGGAAUUCCUGUGUUCUAAUGUCUACUCCCUAAAUGUGUAUCUCUAUCGAGACAGUAUAAUUUCUUGCUUUCGGUUCAAUUUUUUUUUAUCCUCUUCUCUUUAUCAUACGGUAGUAUUCUCAUCAAAAUGUGGUCUUGAGGCUUCUUACUAUGUGUGGCCUAAUCUGAAGAGAGGAAGACUAGGUCUUUCAGUAUAUCUCGGAAACGUAUCUCCACUCAGCUUGGUCUUGUGUGUCUUGAAUAAACCUCAAUUUCUACAUCCAUUUAACCAUGUAUUCACUAGCUUGGAAAUAGCCCUUAGCUGCUGCCUCUUUACGUUUUCCUCUGUUUCUGGAGUGUUGCUGUAUCAAAGGUCGGUUCUCAUAAAACUUUUAGGUUUAUGUUUGGGCAUAAGUACUUCACAAAGUCAUUUUAUGUGUUGGUAUCAUAUCAUGUCUUCUGUUGAAAUCAUCUUCUACUAGUUUAGGCUAGCUCAAAGUUGAGCAGGGUAAAAGUUCUGUCUCAGUCACAGUUGGUAUCAGACAGAAAACAUGGUUGGUAAAAUAGGAAGAAUAAUAGACAAACUCACUUGCUGAUGUUAGGUUGCUGAAAAGAAACAUCGUGCUCUUAUAAAGGGCUCUUUCAAGUUCUGGUAGUCUCUAAUAUUGUGCUUUAGCACUCUUCCAUGAAACUUUUCAGAGCAAUGCUAAUCAACUUAGUUAAGUCCCUAAAGCAUACCUUUAAUACUUAGAAAAGAAAGAAAAUAACUCAUACAGUUCAAGUAAAGAUGCUUAAACCCCUUGCUGUAACUUUAUUGUCGAUGCUAUGUCGUUCACUCUCGUAAAGAUAUAUUGCAGAUUUCCUCAGUCAAGAUUGAGUUUUAUCUUAGCCCUUGUCCUCCUUGCUAUGGUUCAUUGGUUUUAGUGUGAUAAUUAGCACAAAACCGUAUUAUUGACUUCUACUGGUAUUUUUGUCUUACCCUUUCUUUUGAAUUUUCUUAAAUCACGUGAUUUGUAUGGUGUACUUAAUGUAUACUUCUGUUAUUUACUUCAAGUUUCCUUCUCUUAGAGACUGAGAUGGUAGACAAGUGUAAUACUGCUCACAACAGACAGAUUGAUCAAGUUGAAUUUCCUUCUUUCUUUUAUAGUAAGGUAUUUAAUCUUUUAAUCAAGAUUUUUUUGAUUAGCACCGAGUGUCCGGGUCUCUUUGAGCCCCGACUAAUCCCAGGGGUGCACAGGCCCUCGGCAAGGAAUUUCCCGCAAGUGCACCACGGGUAAUUCAGGGUUUCCCCAGUCCGAUAGCCCUCAAAAAUUGUUUGCACCCAGCGGGUUUCGAACUUGAGACCUUGAAAGGGAGCACCCCAAGGCUCAAGUCAAUUGUCACCAGGCCAACCCCGAGGGUUUCUUUUAAUCAAGAUUUAGCUCUCAUCAGUUUGUUUGUUGUACUAUUUUUAAUUGUUUGAUAAGGCAGUUUGGUGGGCGUUUAUUCCCUUAGGGGUAUGUAUGGGUUGUAUAGUUCUCUCAGAAACAUAGUUCAGAGUCAGCACAUUCAAACCAGCUAGGCCUAGAGUAAUAUAACAGAGCCAUCAGCUAUAUGAUAGUCAAUUGUUUAGCUGACCCUCUCAAGUACAAUACUCUAGACGAUUGUCGCUCUUCAUUAAUUAAUGCCUCUUGCUUUUUAUUGUAUAGUAGGCACAAUUGUGGACAUUCACCAGAUUUGUAUGAGCAUCUUGCCUUGUG